AUGGGUGCGAGUCUCUAUUUCCUCGAUAUUGUCGGUCCUGGCCUCUCUAACGAUCUCUUCUGGCCCAACUUUGACCCAACGUCAGCCCAGACGUACCUCAUCGACGUCUUCAACCGCCACCUCAGCACCACCAACGCCUCGGAGAUCGACCUCUUCGACCCGAGCCAAGCCAUUCACAAGACAUACGGUCUACCAUCAACAACAGCAUUUGCGAAGCCCACGUAUCCUCGUAUGCGAACGCUGGUCGAGUACACGUCGGUGGCCGAUGCGAUCAUUGGUUUUCAGUCGCUCGACCCUGGCUACGUCUUUAGUCUCAUGACGUUGUACUGCUGGGCGGACUUUGAGAAGCGCUGGGAGCUGGCUCAUACAGCAGCCCGUCAAGCACGAUGCGCCUCUGGGAUGACGGACAAUGGCGCCGUGUACCUCGAGGCAUACCUUCGCAACGUCCACUGGGAUGCGUGGUAUGCUGUCUAUGGUGCCAGCGUCGAUGCUGCGGUCGGCGACGCUAUCGUGGUCACAUCCGAGGGCCGUGACUGGUACAAGAGUCUCCAGAACGCGUACCAGUCUCUAGACGAUGAAGAAGCGUACUGGAAGUCGUACCAGAUUUCGCACUUUCAGCUGCAGUGGAGCAACGAUGUUCAGUUUGGUGUUCAAGAGUCGAUUUCGAUUGUCAACGCCUUUGGCUGGCGACAAGAUCUGACGAUUCAGUCGAUUGCAUUUGCAAAACGGGGCUCCAAGUGGACGACCUUCGUGCUCAACUGGGCGUUUUUCGACGAUCUCUGGGGCUCAGCCGUCACCAACGGUAGUCUCGUGCGCAGCGCACCAGACUUUAUGGGUGAUGGAACCAUGGAGAUGCUUCUCAACCUCUAUCCGUUCACGCCAGCGAGCGUCGUCAUCCACAACACACUCGGACCCUUUCCCAACAUUGACAUGAUGCUCCUGGCACCACCAUCACCACUUAUAGCUACCUUUCGCAGCAUACAAGCCGCACUCAUCUUGGGUCUUCAAGCCGACUUGACUCUUUUACGUCUCUACUCGGUCUUGCCAGCGCCACUCCUAGAUCCCGUGCCGCUGUCGUGGCAGAGAUCCAACUGCACCUUCUUCGGGGGUAGUCCGCUCUGCCCGUUCGGCUCUGGUGCGACGUUUGUGCAGCCAUCCUUUACCUUUGACGAUACGUGCGGCAGUCAAGUGCCGAGCCGCCUCCUUGUGGAGCCUUCGCCAGCGGUGAUUGCGGCAAUGACCAUGAAGCUGCUGCAUCAAUCCGAUCGUAGCAGCUGCGCACCUUGCAGCUCUGCGACCACCGACGUCUGCAACCUACUCGUCACCCAAGCGACAACCAUUGCCCAUCAAUUGCUGACCAACGCUACGCUAUCUAGUCUCUUGACGCCAAUGGUCCAAGCUGCUGCUCAUGCCACCCAACAUCUCAACGUGGAGAUCAUCCAGUUUGCACUGACACCUACUGGCAACACGACCGUCUUGCGCCAGCCGCUGCUCGGGGAUGACACGUGGUCGUUCAUGGGCUACGUGGCGCUGCACGAGUGGGUCCGUGGCUACCGAGAGGUCGUCUCGUUCCAAGGUGACGCCGCGACGUUCAACUUGAUGUCGGAGCGCAUCGAGCCGAUUCCGUUUCGCGCCAAAACGAUCGAAGUGCCUAAAAGCACGUGCAACUACCUCUACAGCAUCGCCAUCGUAACAUCGGUCGUGCUGGUGGGCGUGGCUUGCAUCACGGCAGCGUACGCGGUUUUCCAGCCAUCUCAAGGUGCCGACGGUCUCCAUCUCUUGAUGUACAACCGUGUCGCUGGGCUUGUGUGGAUUGGUCGACCUCUGCUGCUGCUCCGUGCGGCCGCUGCCAUCACCAUGCUGAGUACAACGUCGCUGGACUUUCUCAAUGACGAUGGCGUGGCAAGCUUCCGCUUUGUGCCUCGUCCGUUGAUGCACAUUGGGGUUCUCGCAGGCGAAGCCACGUGGGUGACGUAUGUCCUCAACGACAUUUUGCUAGUCGUCGCCAACCAGAACUCACGGUGGGCAGCGCCCCUAAGCAGCUCAUUAGUCUGGCUCAGCCUUUUCGCACUUGAGUGUCUCAACCCGAUUCAAGCCACCGCUGCAAUCGAUCCUGUCAUGAGCGGCUUCCUUCACGCACGCUUUGGAUCGCAGCAGUUCAUCUUUGACACAAAGCUCUGGAGCGGCUUUUACGCGAACAACAUUGGACCGGCUCUCGCGAUCAAUCACAAGCACUGCGAUUCCAUUGGCGUCCGUCGUAUCCCGGCAGUGGCCCGUUGCACUGCCCGGCUCAAAAUCUCGUUGGGCCUCCUCUACCUCGCUGCGACCGUCGUAGGCAGUGUCUCGUAUCUUCGGCUCUCAACAGUCAAUCUGGCCAACGACCUGUGGUGGGCCACCUACAACACCACGGGAAUGCAAACAUUUCUUUCCAACUGGUUCAACCGACACCUCGCGAUCCAGGCGACACAGCCAUCGACACAUUUAGAUCAACCGAGAUAUGCCGAUUGGACCGACUACUCUACCUCCAAUGCGCUCGUUUCAUAUUCCCAAGUGUACGCAAGGCUCGUCCAGUACGAAUCGGGCAGCGACCUUCCCAUGAUGAUCCGAGGGCUUCGCUCCAUGGACGCCUGCAACGCGCCGUGGAUCGCUACCAGCUACUGCUGGCUCGACUUUGAUCGACAAAUUGAGAUGGCCAACACACUCGCCCGUCAAGCUCGAUGCAAACGCCAGUAUCGUAGCAACGGCGCCGUCUACUUGGAGUCCAUUUUGAGAAACGUCGACUGGCCCACUUUUGAGUCGUGCUGGAAAACGUCGUUUGAGAUUGGGAUCGCACGAGACAUUGCCUCUGUCAAGCCCAACGGAGCUGCCUGGCUCACAUCGCGAAUCACUGGCGACCGUCUUCCCGUGGCGGAUGAAGCCAAGCUGUGGCAAUCAGUGGGUCUCUUGACGUAUACGACGCAGUGGCAAAACUACAAGGCGCUCGGUCUCCACGACGUCUUCUCGAUUGAGAAUGCAUUUGGUUUGAGAUACGACAUGACGCUGCAGUCCAAGAAUGGUUCGUACCACACGGCCAUGUCGACGUCGUGGAAGACGUACUGGACGUUUGCGAGCGAUCUCUGGGCGAUCGCCACCAAUGGUUCUGGGAUCGCCGGCAAGUCGCUCUUGCGGCAAAGUCCCCACUUUGCCUUUGCAAAUAUGUCCCUGGCAUCUGUCAUGGUCAUGAAUUUGACCCUCCAAGCCCCUCUCGACGGCGUAUUGGCGACAUUCCACAAUGCCGCUGGCCCGUUUGGUGCCGUGGACAUCUACCAUGUACGGUGUCCGUCGUCGCUCGCGCUGCUGCUGCGCGAUGUUCGUGAAGCGCUCGGUGUGAUUCUUGCCAACACGAGCACUACCGCCCAGUUCGAGUACGCAAAUCUCAUUUUAAUGAGCUCGAUGAGUCCUGUCCCAAAACAUCUGGAUCGAAAUACGUACGUCUGCGGAAGCGGCAACGUAUUGUGUGGUCAAGUGCCUCGGGACCUGAACUUUUCGUAUGGUCUUUGGCAGUUUGCCGGCGCCGAUACCGCGUGCUACUCGAGCUUCAACGAGUGGAUCUGGGUCUCGCCGAUGCAAGCCAUCUUUAGCGUCAUUGGCGCUGGCAUCCCACUAAACCCGACGACGUUGAUUCCGCAGGCGUGCGCCGCCGAAGCGGUGGUGCCGACACAGUGCCUGGCUUUUCUUGAAAGUGUGUCUACCUUCGUCUCGAGGUUCUUUUCAACGAGCGCGCUACAAGCGUACCGAUCUCGAGCGAUAGGCGCCGAGGUUGAUGCCAUCGCAACGUCCGUUGGCUCUAUGCAGUAUGCCCGGCACGUGCCCACGCAGCGUCUCGAGCUCUUUCACCAAGUGCUCUUCGAUCCAUCCGAUGCGACCAUGAUGUACGCAAGCUACGCUCUCGCCUACGACUGGGUCGUCGGAGAGCGUGAAGCUAUAAUGGUCGAUGGCGACGCUGGCGCUGCUGGAGUCCUUGCAACAAUGUCAUUUGCGGCGUCCUUUGCCGCCAGCAGCAUUGAGAGCCCGCGCAACGUGGCCACGUAUCUGCGAGGGCUUUGCCAAUAUGUCUCGUUCGUACUCGUGGCACUCGCUUCGAUCACCGUACUCUACACCCUUGUCGGUGGUAGCGCUGGUGAAGGGUCCAACCUUUUCCAGGUCAACCGCGUCGGUGGCAUGGUCUGGGUUGGGCGGCCGCUGCUCUUGGCACGGAGCAUCACUGCGCUCUGCAUUCUGAGCACAGCGACGCUCCAGCUCAAGAAGAUGGGCAAAACCACAAUCUUGGUCCCGUCCCGCGACGACGUCUCUCCGGCCAUUGUCGUUGUGACGCAGAUCCUCGCAGCCGGCGAAGUCGGUUGGCUCGUCUACAUCUUUGACGACAUUUGCAUGUCGUUUACGCGUGAACACAGUGCUGCUUAUGCUACCAAGACAGCCCUCUUGGCCUGGCUCAUUGUCGCCACUUUGAGCUUUACGAGCCCCGUCUCGCACAGCGCCACGAUCCAGCGGUCGUGCACGCUGGUGGAAAUGGACUUUGAGAUGAUGUGCCACAGCGGCGUCGUCGCCAUUGGCUCCAUUGCGCGCUUCUAUCUGCUUGUUUGUAUUGCGCUUGGCGGCUCGACGCUACUGUACACGAUCGAGCGACUUCGGCGGCCCCGUGGCGACGUCUACGUCUUUGACAUCAAGACGUGGCGCACGCUCGUGCUCACGCGCGACGAAAUUCAAGUCACCACAUCGUUUGAUGUCGCCUCACAACCACGCCUCGCCCGAGCGCUUCCGCUGACCACGUAG